AUGCGGGCAACAGUAGUGCCCUCACAGCAUCUAGUGGGUGUGGUAGUUCUUCGCCGUUGUGGUGAUGUACACGUGUAAGGUACAGAAGCAGACAGAUAUGACCAAGCAGCGCCCAGCGUCUUGAUGACUCAGAAUUUGCGGACGCUGCAGAACUGCUGCAGUAGAUGGCAGAGUUGCCAAAACAGAAAGUCGGACGCCUUCCCCGCGGCCGCCAGGUGUCCAGCAUGCAACCUGAGGAUGUGACCAGUCUACCGCACCCCCUGGAUGUUGCUCAACCACAAGGCGGUGGCGGGUGGUGAGAGUGGAGAUAGAUGGUGGGCGUGUGGGGGGUCGCUACCCGGCAUGGUGUGGACCCGAGCGUGGCGGCGGUGGCAGCGGUGGGCGUGUGUAGGAGCGGCGGUGGUAGUGGGAGCCUGGUUGCUCCUAGCCGCGCCCUGUGCCCUGCUAGCCUGCCCUCCACAAGACUCUGUGGAUACCCCCUCUGAAACCACCGACGAGCCCCGCCAAGAUAUCGAUGCUGCCUACCUCCUGUGCUCCACCUUGACCUUCGUGCCCUCAGGCCGCAAACAAGAACUUCGGAAUUCCCCCCAGUUGGGUAAUGGCAGCCCCUACAGUGUGGUGUAUGACUGGGUACCUGCCGCUCGCACGUUCACUGUUAAUGAGUCGGUGACCUACACAACACACACGACGCCUGAGAUGAUCAGCCAUGUAGGGGAACUUGCUACUCGCUGGGCAGGACCUCUCUCUGUUGCACUCUUUGUCCCUCAUUCAGACUUCUGCUUAGCUGCAGCACGAGUGGCCCGUCUUCGUGUGUGUGGCCCUCCUGCUGUGAAGGAGCUGGUCUCGUGGCACCUGUUCUGGCCCCGUGAUGUACCUCCUGCCGCUGACUGGCACCUGAAACUGAAGGAAGACACCUUUGACUGUAGUGAAGACAAAACUGCGUUAGUGCGUGGGUACCGUACAGCAGAAGGCCUUCCAUACCCAGUAAAUGUUGCUCGUAACGUGGCACGAUCGGCAGCCCCCACAGUGUUUGUUCUACCAUCUGAUGUGGAACUUUAUCCAUCAGAAGGCUUAGUGGAACAGUUCUUGGGGUUGAUCCAACGGAUAAAUUCAGGGAAGGAGACAAGAGUGUCAAAUCUGUCACCCCGGGUGUUUGUGGUGCCAGUGUUUGAGGUGGCCUCAGUAGUGCCAACCAGUAAGGAGGAACUGGUGCAGCAGUACCAACAGAAUGACGCUGUCUACUUCCACCGCCAUGUAUGUGCUCACUGCCAACGAUUCCCUGCACUCUCAGAUUGGAUACGUCAGCUUGGCACUCCAGGUACUCUGAAGGCCUUCUCAGUGGUAAAGCGACAGUUCCCUUACCACCGGUGGGAACCUAUCUACAUCUGCACCAAAGAUGAGCCUCUCUAUGAUGAACGUCUCUCCUGGGAGGGCUUACAAGACAAAAUGACACAGAUGCAUGAAUUAUGUCUCAGGGGAUACAAUCUGGUAAUCCUGGAUAGAGCGUUCCUCGUCCACGCUCCGGGAAUCAAGAGAAGGAAUAAGAAUAAGGCUAAAGACGAUGCCUGGAGGGAUCCAUUUGUUGCCAAGAAUUCCAAAAUCUAUGACCAGAUCAUGGAAGAAAUGCAAAAUAAAUUCGGGCCAAGUGAUAAAUGCCGUCGUCACUGACCAGACCAGUGAUGAUAAAUUAUUAACACAAAGAGACGUAACCAGUGUAUUGUAAUAUCAGUGACAUAAUAUAAAUGUUUUGACAAUGAAACAUAACCUUUUCCAUGUGAAUAUAAUACAGUCUUUGGUGUUAACUGAAAAGUCACUAUUUUUCCACUAAGUGUGAUGAAAUUGAUGCGGGUAACAGAGGUGCUUAUUGUAGGGCAUUGUGAAGCUUCUUCCCCAGGUUGUGGGUAUCAUUGCUCCUUCUGGAUUAUUUGUUCUUUCAUGUUGUAACUUUUGAUGGCCUCUUGAUUUUUCCUGGCUGUGGUGAGGAGCUUUUUGCUAGUGCGAGGUAAACCACUUCAUUAUGUUGCAAAUAUUUUAUUGGGGGUUUUCGCUACAACCACCGAGUUAGCUCUAUUCUACUACUGUAUAACCAUUUGGAAGCUUGGAAUUUACACGAUUUAUUUUUUUAUUUGUUUAUCUGUUAAAUGAGUUACACGUCUUAGAUACAUUUUGUUUAAUCUUCUAUAACUGUAGUUUUAUACUUACUGUAUAUGAUUUUUUGCCCUUUAUUUUCAAUUAUUUAAUUUUGAAUAGACUUAUAAGAUGUGGUGAAGACUUUUAUUUUAAAUUAAUUGGGGUUGAAGGAAACUUACUUCUAUUGAAAGUCAUGUACUGUAUAUCUUUCUCAAAACUGCACGCCUCUCUUUGCCGUGAUGCAAGGUGGCCAAACAUGAACUAAUACUCUGAUUCUUAGCAUCCAGCAGCUAGUGGUUUACUCCACCCACCUGGUUGGAUGCAACGCCACGAAAGUAUUGUUCUACCAUCGGUAAGCGCACAAAAUAAUUGACUAAUUUUCGUGCUGAAUGUACAAGGGUUGGUGACUAUUUGCUUUGGUUAGCACAUGCUGGACAAUCAAGAAGAAUGUAUGAAUUUUAUAAUACUACAGAGCACUGCUGACACUUUUGUGGAGCCUAAGAAAAUAAAACAAAAUCACAAAUCUCAAUACUAUAAGACUGCUGAGAAAAAGAGCUUAAAAAAAGAUAAAUUUUUGUCAGGAUUCACCUCAGAGUUGAAAGAUAAUCAUUCUGCAUUCUUUGCUAAUCAUUGUUGCUGUAAGAUUCCUUGAAACACUGAAUGGAAAUCUUACCAUAAUAUUUUAAGAUACAGGAGCCUAUUAAAAUAUGAAAACUCGAAAAGGGCUUUCAGUAAAUGUUAGAGAAUGUGAAGUUUUUUUGGUUAUAAGUAAAUCUGAUGAUGGUGCUGUAGACACGUAUUUUAAAAUGAUAGUCACUGAGAGAGUUGAUUCAUGACCAAGGGAUUUUGUCUGUGCCAUUUGAUACUUAAACUAUUAAGCACAAGUCACUUUCUUGUACGUUGUCAUAUUUGGUUGUGUAAACAUUAAGUCAAACAGAGACCUCUUAGCUUAUUUUUAAUUGGAUUGAAUGCUCUGUUUCUUGUUGGUAGCCCUCUAGAAUCCUAGCCUAUGAGACACGAGGUCAGUACUGUGGUCAGACAAGGUAGAUGGGGUAUUAUUUUGCUGGAUUUUGCACUGAGUUGGCCACCGACCACAUCAUUACUGUAUACCGCACUAACUCGUGAAGUCUGGGGGGAGGGGGGGGGGGCACAGCACAUAUUUUAGGAAUUUUAAACUAUCUGCCUCAACUGUAAAAAAGAAUGUCAGGGUUGAUGAAAUUGUGAAACUCUGUUUUCCUUUCAUAAUACUGAGCUGUGACUAUUAACUUCUGGGAUGCCAUUAUUAACUUCACGUAAUGGACAAUAUUUCUUACUGACAUUAAUUUUCAGCUUUUCUCUUGUUCCUAACACAUGCAGUCCAGUCGUCUUUGUACCUGUGAUUCAUGAUAUUACACUACAGGGUAUCUAAAAUGUUGGAAUGAAUUCCUUAUUUCAAUUAAAAGCUUUUCUGGGGGUACUGCAAGUUUGUUGUUCAGGUUACAUGUUGAAUACAUUGUACUGUACCUGUAAUUGGAAGUAUGACCAGAAAGCAAAAUAUUUUUCAAUUUUCUUCAACUACUGAACUUUUUUAACCAACUGAUGUCUGAUAUAAGAUACAAUGUUGGUUUAUAAGAUAUAUACAGUACUACGGCAUCGGAGUUUUAAAUUUUGAGAGGGGGGGAAGUAUACAGUACGGUACGGUAUAUGGUUACUCCACACUCUUAUAUUUCUCUUAAACUUUCUCAAGAAAAAGAACAAUUGUUGUACUAUGUAUCAUCCUUUUCCAGAUGCAUCUAAACAGAUUUAUUGAGUUGUAUGUUAAGUUUAUUUAAUCAAAAGUUUCUUAUUACAGUUGAUUAUGCCUCUAUAAUUAUUGUUAAACUUAAAAUAAUUACUAACUCUUACCUACUUACAAUAUAUACUGUAUUUUUCUCGUAAUACAUACAGUACAGGAUUAUCUAUGUGUUAGUACUGUACCUUGGUCAGUCAUCGAUGCCCUUCACGCUCUAUCGUUGGAUGAAUACAACAAUUGUUUUUGUUCUUCAUAAUCACUUCUUUAUUUGUACCUCCAGAUAUCGUUCCCCCAAGUGCUCUUUUCAUAAUUAUUUAAUAAUAGUUGGGAUAGUUUAUGGAUUGCAUUAGUUGUGGUUUACAUAACAGUAGGAUAAAUUGAUCUGGGAUUUACCGGUAAUAAGAGGAUCGUGUCGUGGCUGUUACAUAUGUACAUGUAAGUUGUUCCUACAGCACCUGUAAUAUGAUCAGGGGAGCAUAACAAUGAUGUUUUCAAAGUUAUUAUAUACUGUAAUCAUAUUAUUAUCAAUAUACAUUUGGGAAAUGAACCUUAGGAUCUUCCAGUUUUUCUCAUUAAAAUCACUUUAUAGGAGACAAAAGAGAGUGCACUAAAGUACAGUGCAUUAUAGUACUGUAUUACUGUGUUUCAGAUAAAUGUGCAAAUACAGCAAUUGUAUAACUAAAAGUUUUAUCGUCCAGUAACUUCUCCAUCACGUUUCUUCCAGGGUUUUUGUUUAUACGUUUACACCAUCAUGUGUACAUAAAAAAAUAACUAAAAUAUAUACCGAUAUAUUGCAAUAAAACCUCCCAGGUAGCAAACUCUGUUGAACAGAUACCUCCCAUUAGCUAAUGGGCUUCAAUCUGGUAAUGGGGGAACUAUCAAGAAUGAUAUCCACUUUUGGAAGAUCUUUUCUCGUGUAUCAUAUUUUCCGUGCAGUCAGGCAUGUGUCUCAUCAUUAUAGUCUGUUAUCGAUGUCUGUUAAUGGGAACCAUAAGAAUACAGUAUUCAUUUGAGAACUUUUCUGAUCUCAAAAAUUAAAAUUUUCAUACAUUUAGUUUUCUUGUGAGCUUGUGGGUAAGCGAUGCACACUAACUGAGAAAGUUUUGUUACACUAUGCUCACACUGAUUGGUUCACCAUACAAGGAGACCCAAGACUGGUUCCCCAUUGUUAAAACAAUUUCACUCAGAAAAUUCAUGGGCCUUUACUGUGAUUUUCACAAAAAUUCUGUGCUAGUGAGAACCAGUAAAGAACUCAUUGUGUUGUGAUUUUGCCAAACACUCAUCUAAAAUAGUGCCACAUUAGGGAUGGUCAUCUCGGAAGGCUACAAACUGCCGAUCCGGGAAAAGGAAAACGGUGACUGUCAUAGCACUUGAUCACCAUGACUUACAGUGAGGUAAUGUACCAGCUGUAGACUGUGCUUGUAUUAUACGACCAACCAUUAUGACAAUAUUUUCCUCUUAUACUGUACUGUUUUUGUGUCAAUUUAAAGCAGAUGACUUUUUACAAUGCAUAUUAUUCAAUUUUCGUUGUCCCACACUCCCUGAAAAAUUUGACCUUUAUUUAAAGAAAAAAACAUUUCGGACACCUCACUGUAUCAAUUAUUCCACUACGGUAUUUAGAGGUCGCAUUUAAUAUGGAGAGUAAAUUUGAAAUUUUCAUUAAUAAAGUAGGGAAAAGUUGAAAGUUGCCGUAUUAUGUUUAAGUGGAAUUGAAUUGUUUAGUAAAUACCUGUACAGUACUGCAUCCCAUUUUCUGUAAGGUAAUCAUGCUAAUAUUUUAAACUAUAGGGUGACUAAAAUGUCAGGAGUCAGUAGAAACUGUAGCUAUCAAUUAGGGAUGAUGACCACCUCUAAGAGUGCAUUACACAGGUCGCUCGAUCCAUCAAUGGUUUAUCACCUACAAACUUGUUAUGAGCGUGGUGGUGGUACUUGCUAAUAUGACAUAAAAUAACAUUGAUUCCUGACUUUUAAGGCACCUUGUUUUUCUUUAUGUAAGUAUGGCAAUAUAUGUCAUAGAUUGUUUACAUUCCAGUUGUAACUACAUUGUCAAGCCACUCUGAAAAUAUCCGUUGUCUACCGAGUUUUUCCCAUACAGUCUGCAGAGAAAAACCAUAGCCGAUUCUUUCGCUAUCUUAGUUUGAUUAUUAUUAUUAUUUAUUUACCUGUGGAGACAUUGUUUUCCUUCACAUUUUGAAGAUCAAGUUAGUGUAAGAGUAAUGCCGUCAUUGUCAUUGCUUUGUACUGUACUUGAAUGUCAGGAAUGCUUUAUAGCGGGCUUAUUACUGAUACCUUCCACACUUACAUAUCAUUGAUACUAGUGGUGCAAGCAUUUUGUGUCUGCUUUGGCUGAGGCAUGGCACUAAUGUGGAUUAAGUACUGUCCCUGUAUUGCUGCUCCCCACCUUCAUUGUGAUGGAGAUCUAUUUGUGCUCAGUCUUUGAAAUCCAAGAUACGCUACUCGAGCAUAUACUGUAUUUGCUGGUAUGUGAUGGUUAUUGGGUGUUUUCUCUGAUUUUUUUUUCAAUUUCCUUCUUAUAAUCCCCUUGAAUGUGAGUAGACUAGAGGCUUCCAUUUUGACUCUGUGCCAUUUGUUAUUGUCCACAUUCCUGACAUAAACACCUGUUUCUACUCUUAGUAGGCCUAGUGUAUGUCUAAAUUGAUAGCAUUAGAAGUGGAGUGCAGGACAUUCUAAUGCUCAAAUACUCUCACAAAUUUUUCUAACCAAAAAGUUUGCUCGUGUCCAUCAAGAAUGCCAUCUUGAUAAAAUGAAAACUUAAUUAUGCCUUUCAUAUGCAUCUCCAUAAAUCAAGAUUCGUUAAAAUCUACACUCUUCUGCAACUACUGUACAUUCAUUUUACAAGUAAGAUUAAUCCAGGUACAUGCCAGAAACAUUCUUUUAUUUCAUGUUGAGAAAUUACACAAGAUUUGUUAUACAGUAUAUUGGUUUCACAGAUAAACUUUUGCAGUGUUACCGUAUCUGCAUCAUUGGAUCAAAUAACUCCAUUGUUGAAGCAUAUUUAUUCAAAAAUGUUUCCUGCCUGUAACAAAAUAAGACUAAAGUUAUCCAAAUUACCCCUAAAAGUUAACCAAGAAUAUUAAAAUUUUUCCUUACUUCAUCUUUCCUUAUAGGAUGUAAAGGGCACACUGCAAUAUACAGUAUACAAUUUCUUUUCCCGACAGGAAGAUCUGCAUGCAUUUUCUAACCACCGAAGUAGAAUAUUGUUAAUUUAUAUAUGUUAUUGUUAAUGUUCUCUAUUUAAGAUUGUAGUAAUCCAAGCAAGUUACUGUGUUCCCCACCACCAGUUCCUAGAGCCAUGGCAUUCUUCUCAGUCUUUAGUUAUUGUUGAUAAAAAGAAUGCUGUUGACAAUACGGUUAGGUAUGGAUGGUAUUGGUUGUGUUAAGCGAAGAGUAUAUUUUACAUUAAUGCUUAAUCAGAACCUCUCAUUGCCAUUAUAUCAUUCUCUUUCAUUUUAAACCUUCAAGCUGUUAAUCACUUGAACAUUUGACCAUAUGAAGCUGAAGUAGGUGUGAUUAUAAAUUUUGACUUCAUUAUUUGGGGUGUGGCGGCCGAGUGGAUCUAACUCGCCUUCUAUCCUAUAGGUUGUUGGUUUGCACCUUAGGCACCCCCAGUCAACCCAGCUGUGAAUGGGUACCUGACUUUAGUUGGGGAAGUGAAAGCGGUCAAUUGCAGUGAUGGGUUUACGGCACAUAGCCUCCUUGUGCAAUGAGGCUUAGUAUUCAUUGUGCCAUAAAGUAUCUGCACUGCUUAUGAGACCCACUUUCACUUUCUGCAACACAGUAGAAAUAUGAGGUUAAAGAUAUUUCCACUAUCACAAUUGCUUGCAUGUGUUAAGCCAUCUAAAAUUAUUUGGGACUUCAGGAUAGUCCACUUUGUUGGUAACAAGUUUGAAUUUAGUGUAUAGUAAUGUAUUGUUAGAAACUGAAGUUUAGCUCAUAUUAUUGAAAGUAAAUUUCAUGAUCUUGCCUGUUAGCUUGGAUGAUACAGUUCAUAUGUUAAAAAGUAAAUAUAUUUUUAAGCAUAAAAUGAUGGUAUGUAAUGCCUGUCUAGCUUUCAUUGAAUAUGCAAUGGUAGAAGAAUGUAAUGAUCAAGCAGUAAUCUGUAAACAAAUGUUUGGUUUGCAACAUUUAGUGAUAAAUAGAACCAGAGAGUACCAGAAAGAAAAAAGUAAGGGGGUAGAUUAUGAAAUACUUGGAGAGAGAGAACUGUGCCAUGAGGCAAAUACAGAGAUGUACAGGGGAAUAGUUAAGCCAACAUUAUAUGGGUGUGAAACAUAACUCCAGAUGCAAGGUGAAUGAGCAAAUAGGGUGCUAAGAAGAGGAAAUACUGUAAGGAGAUGUGGAAGGGAAAGAAUGUAAAGCAGAGUGGAUCAGUCUUCUCUGGUGAUAGGACACAGUAUCACGAGAAUGGGAAGUGAAAUAUUAGUACUAUAAGUGUAUAAUUCAGAGGUGAAAGGAAGGGAGAAAGGAAGACAGAGAUGAAGGAUGAAAUAGAAGUGAAUGGGGUAGAUACAGUAUGGAUAGCAUUGUGAAAGACUGCAGAGCCUAAUGUAAAGUUAUUUUUCUGGGAAGGACAUGUUGCUGAUGGGUGUUGUUGGCUUGUGUGAAACAACAGGGAUGCUGUACACCAGAUUUGAGGCCUUGUAGUGGUGGGAGAGUACCACUGUAGAACACUUCUUUAACUGCAGUAAGAAAUGAAUGUACUGUAUGUGGUUGCCCAUUUCCAGCCACCCUGCACUGUACAGGAAAAGCUUCAAAGAGUAAAACACUGUAGACUGUAGAUUACAACUGCUUACAAAAAUAAUAGCAUGAUAUGAGAAACACAGAAGGUCACCCAUAAUGACCGCUAGACAGCGUUUUAGUAUUAUUCGCAAAAGUGACCUUAGAAUCAUCGCACAAUGCUGUUGUUAUGUACAUAUGUAAGGUAUGUUGCAUGUUACUUGCUCUGCUAUUACAUGGUAAGGCUUAAUAGCCUAGUCAUGUAUAUAAACUUCAUCUAUACUCAAAUCAUGUCUAUAUAAUCUUGAGAACCUGCCAUUACAAUAUAAUUGUAGCUGAGACUGAGGUUGGAUUCUGGGUCUCUUUAUUUUAUUUUUAUUUUUUUUACAAGAUUAUUCAUUCCACUGAGAACUUUGUAGUCAUUGUAUCUGCAUAUGUUUAUAUAGCCUUGGAUAAAUUAGCUAGGAGUGUUUAGGAACUCAGAUCCACAUUCAAUUUAUCAACUUUAGAUAAAGCUCAGCCCUUGGUAAUCUAUAAUGCCAUGAUCAUUUCCUUAGUACCUGUAUUAAAAGGUUUUCUUGGAUUCAUAUGCAAGAAUUGUAGUAUUAUGUACAGAACUGUAUUUGGUUUAGGAAGAAAAUCAGUACCUGUACAUAAAAAACAAAAAUAAGGUACAAAAUUUUCUGUACGAUCAAGAGAAUGAAGGCUCAUGAUUUAAUAAUUGAGGGCUUUUGUACUGUAGCUUUUUUCCAUUUUUUUUUUUUUUUUUUUUUUUUUAUUUAAAUUCAUUAAAAAUGAAAAAGAUAAUUUACUCGUGAAGUACUCCUUGAUUUUUAAUGAUUCUUAACCCUUUACCUAUUUAAAAUUCCAGUUUUAGUCGAGUAAUGCUGUAUUGAGAUGCUGAUGAUCUAAAAUUGUAAACUCAUUAUAAGAACACUUUGGAGACUGUAUAUCAAUGUUUUACAUAUGUCUUAGACAAUUCAUUAUGCACAAAAACCUAAUCACUGUUCAGAGGUUGUAUUCCUCUACUCUGAAUCCCAGAAUUCAUCCUCAGAUCCAAAUGGACUGAUGAAAGUUCUUUACCAAAUCAUAUCCAGAUGUCAUGCCUCUACACCCUCAAAUACACCUAAAUCACACUUUAACUUGUUGCUCAAUAUAUAAAUAUCACAAUUAUUCACAUUACCAUUUUCAAAUCAUUGAAGGACAUCAUGAAAAAAUUGGUAAUUCACUGAAACCAAUUUCAUAAGGAGCAACAUAUUUUUGCUGUUCUUGGAAAAAAUUACUGUACAGUACAGUACUAUUUCCUAUUGUCAAAAAAUAUGCUUUGUAUAAAAUACAGCAUAUUUUUGCUGAGAAGAAAUUAAAUGAUUGCAUCAAAUGAAUCUA